AUGAAGAAGAAGAAGUUUCUUAAAGUUGUGUUCCUCUUGGUCGCUUACUUAACUUCCAUUGCCAUGGCUGGUUACCACGGCUGUAACAAGGUUGCAGAGAAAGCAACGAGAAUGAGUGUCGUCGGAGAAGAUUCAAGAGAUGAGUUCGGGAACGAGGAGGAGGAGAAGAAAAACGUGAAUUUGUGGUCGGGUCGUAAGUUAGUUUCUGGUCCAACUCGUAGAGGUUGCGGUCACUAA